GCCAGAAUAGUGUAUCCUAAACUGUUAUAUCCAAGCCAAGGACAGUUAAAUUUUCAUAUCUAUUAACCUUCCAGUUGCGUGUGGAUUUGAGGGCUAGGUACUCCACAGGCAGCCACAAAGGACUCAGCAAAGACAAGGAGAAGAGAGAAGAAAAUGUCCGUAAUUCAUUUUGGGUGUAUGACAUAUCUCAGAAUAAGUGGUCUUGUAUAUAUCGCAAUGAGCAAACUGGAGAAACUUAUUGGAAUAAAAUGCAACAUGUAGAACCAUGUCCAAGAUAUGCACAUCAGUUAGUAUAUGAUGAUACUAAAAAGGUACACUACUUAUUUGGUGGUAAUCCAGGAAAGACAUAUCUACCGAAGAUGAGAUUAGAUGAUUUUUGGUCACUCAGACUUUGCCGACCUUCAACUGAACAACUUUUUCAGACUUGUGUUCUUCUCAUUAGGAAACACAGGUUUAGUGAACUAGCUCGGUCGAACUCUGUUGAAGCUCUCAAGUACCUCCAAACUGAACUAUACAGUGCAGUUGAUCAUGGAAAUCCCUCUCAAGUGCAGGAAUUCCAGGCCCUAGCAACCACUCUCUUCCAGUCACCAGAAGAUUGCACCAUGACACACACACCAUUACUCCCAAGUGAGGACGACCCAAGCUUAAAGGCAGAAGGGAGUAAUGACCUUGGCUGGGUGCACAGUAGCCGUUCACAGUUAUUCGACCAAUUGACGCAGUUCGUACCAGAGCAUAUGACUCAGCCAAGAGGUAACUUGGUAGACCUCAUACCAUACUGAUCCUAAGCUUUAAUUAUCAAAAAACAAUGAUAUUCCCAGAGUUAUGAUAUAUUUCUCACCUAAUUUAUGUGUCAACACUGGAAGUUUCUUGAUAGUCCAAGGAUUUACAAUGUUGCCUUUCUCCCAAAAUGAUUUAAAUAAACCAUUUUACCUA